AUGAGAAAGCAAUCUUUAUUGAAAGAGCUCCACAGCGCCCUUGCUCGGAAAUAUCGAAAGCAUGCCGCAGUAGUCGAGACCAGUUGGCAGUCAUUUAGCGCAAACGAAUGA